AUGACGAGGCAAAUCCCACGACCUCGCUGGACUGGUGGCGACAGUCGUUCAAGCGCUUGGUUUGGCCUGGCCAGGCUGUGCAUGCACGACGAGUACAUGCGAGUCGAAGCUAUUCGCAGGAGCAGACGAGACCGCGCAUGUGCCACACUACUAACUCAAAUAGAUAUCGAAGCUGUCGCUGCCAACACGUCUGGUGGUGAUCGAGAGGUAGUCGAGAAUGAACCAGCAAAGGAGGAGGUCAUAGACGAAGAAGAACCGCAUGCAGGGGAGGCUGAAGAAGAAGUUGAAGAUGUACAGGAUCCCACAGCUGUUGAAUCUGCAGAUAUCGAGAAAGCAACAGAGAACAAUGGAGCAGAAGCUCGAGAAUCUGGGGGAAACCAGGGCUCAAACAACCCAGUCAUUUCUCCGGCACACUCUGCAACCCAUUCCGACAGGGUAAGCAACGUGAGGUCCCAUGCCAGAUCUGAUCAACCCAGAACUGGUUGUCAAGCUCAAGAAACUGCGCCUUCCCCUCAGCGCUCGAAGGCUCCGUCAGUAAGGACGACAAAGAGCCAGAAAACCGCCGCUGCUCAAUCUGAAGAAGUUGACCGAGAAUCACAGCGCCCACCUUCCUCUCGCCGCAUGUCAGCAGCCUCUUCAGGGCCGUCCAAGCAUGCGAAAAUCAUCGCUCCACAGCAGAAUACUGAAAAUAACCAUCAAGAUCCGCGCCAGGUCUCGUCUCCGCGCCCAUCCACUCAAGCACAGUCAAACGACUGCCCUUACAUCUAUCUCGCGAAGACUGCAGGGCCAGCCAUCACCUCCGACACCGUCGUGUGA